AGCAAAGGUGGGAAAAGGACAUGGAUUCCGAUGACGAAGAGUUUUUCGACGCGCAUACGGUGGAAGAUGGCGGUUCUAAUACUCUUACACGCGCCCCUGCUACUACUCUUCCGUCCCUCGUCUCCAAUUCACCAACCCCACCAUCACCCCCGUUAGUCACAAGCCUCCCUCGCCUCCUCCCAGGCUCCGAACGCCUUCCGCAACCGGUUCCCGGACGUCAGCUGGGGGCAUCGCUCUCAGACGACGACACCAAUAGCACGUUAGAGAAUGGUAAUGCUGGGUAGGUGGCGAGAGUCACAAGAGUAAGACUGAUUAUCAACCCUGUUUGGGGUCAGUACGGACUCGCGAGGAGUAGAUGGAGCUGCAAGUGACAGGGAGUCUCAACUACUCUCUCUACUUAUUAUAGCGUACCUCUCAACGAUAUGGUGUCAGUUAGCGAUGCUUCACCAAAACCCCCGAUGAUUCAGUUACAAGCCCCGAACGCCCGCAAAUCUGCACCUCUACAGCUCGAUUCAGAGGAUGCAGACUCUAGUUCACAAAUGUCCGUGCCUCGUGCUCCAUCACGACAAAAGUCUCCCUCUACCACAUCGACUGAGUCACGGUCUGCCCGUACUCUGCGGACAACUCAUAUGGAUCCUGUUACCGCUCAUUUGGAGGGCAUAGUAGAUACCUCAGCGACUACAACGGUGCGUGCUCACUCGCAGGAUUACACGCCUGAGCCGUCCUCUGAAGAAGAUGACGGGGAGAGAAUGGAGACGGAGAGGAAACAGCAAUCAUUGCCCCACUUCAACCUUCCUGGACCUAAAGGAAAGAAGCAUAAAGGUUUCUUCCAAAGAUUUCGGAAAGGCAAGAAAUCGGAUUUUGAGGAGCAUUUUGGCAGCCAGCUGUCUCUGCGUGAUUUAGAUGAGAAUGGACUCGAUGAUGCCGACGGUGAAAGGAUGAAGCACCAUCUCGAUAUGCCCGAGACUGUUAAAGUAAAGACAAAUCGAAAGGUCAAGAAGGAUUUCAACCAUCUAACACGUGUCCAAGUGCUGGGUGGGGAGACACAUUGCCUUCCUGAGGCGCCUGAACAUGAUCAAAAUGUUGGCGACGGCGGAUUUUCUAUACGGCAAAUUUUGGACGAGGAUGCGGAAGUUAAAGGACCCAUAUGGGCAAUGAGAUUCAGUGACGACGGAAAAUAUCUCGUAGAAGGUGGACAAGAUUCAAUUUUACGAGCCUGGCGACUGGCAGCUCUGGCUACAGAGAAUGCGGACAAAUCUCAUUGCGCAACUUCUUUUGACCGGAAGACACCCAGGAUCCGCACGUGGGAUAGCCACAAAUGGCAGUCUGAUGGGAUUCCCAGUGGGAAACAUGCAAAGGAAGGGUCCCACAGCUCUGAUCGCAGCGACACAGAAGAUUUUGUACAUUCCAGGGAACACGUAUUCGAACAACGCCCUUUUCGAAUAUAUAGAGGGCACUCUGCACCGAUUCUGGAUGCAGCAUGGUCCAGGAACGGCUUUAUUGCCUCGGCUUCUAUGGACAAGACGGUCCGGUUGUGGCACAUCGACCGUGAGGAAUGCCUAUGCAGUUUCCUUCAUAACGGUUGUGUUACAAGCGUGUGUUUUCAUCCGUUGGAUGAUCGAUAUCUGCUUACUGGUUCCCUCGACUCGCGGAUCAGGGUAUGGUCCCUCGAAGAAAAGCGAGUGUGCGCUUGGAAUGAGACUCCUAAUGGUAGCUAUGUCACGGCAGUGUCGUUUACGAGAGAUGGAACUCUAUGCGCUGCUGGGACUUUUGACGGGGAUUGUAUAUUCUAUGAAUUUGAUGGGUUAAAGUACAACACCCAAAUCGAAGUGAGGUCUACUCGAGAUCGCCACUCUAAACGAGCAAAAAUUACGGGCAUAGAACCGCUACCAUAUCCGUGGCUUGGUGAAGAUCGAUUGCUGGUAACUUCGAAUGAUUCGCGCAUUCGAUUGUACAAUGUUAGGGAUAAGAGUCUGCAUCGAAAGUAUAAGGGUUUGGAGUGCCGGGCAUCUCAAAUCAAGGCGACUUUCUCAGACGACGGAAGAUUCAUUAUAGCAGGAUCCGAAGAUCGCCAAGUGUACAUCUGGAAUUUUUAUCCCCAAGGGGGGCAUGCUUCUCACGCUGGUGGUACUGGCCAGGCCGGUAAUCAACCUGGCCUUUUGAGCGGUUUUAUGCAUUGGCAGAGCGACGCUAGUAGAUCCGCAUCUUGGGAGCGAUUCAUAGGUUCUACCGAAGCAGUGACAUGCGCGAUCUUUGCCCCAAAAGGUACAAGAGAAAUCGUGUAUGGGGAUAUUGCCCGAGGAAAUUCGGAGAUUGACACUGUCUCGGUGCACGAUAUGAUGACGGACAAUACUGAUGGGGCGUUGAUUGUGAUUGGUGAUAUGUUGGGCAGAAUCCGUGUAUUUCAGAACAACGUUGAGCCCGGCGGUGGUGAAGGAACAGCCACUUUGUCACCACAUCAGGUCGGCAUGUCUCAUGAAAUUGAUGAUAAGGUUGAAAGAGCGUCCACCGUCUCGCGACAUUCGACCGUCAAAACAUCUAGUAGUCGGCUUUCCACACCCCUCGGCCCCUCAUCCCCCAUGAAGUCAACCCCUCCCACGGGAAUGAGAAGAUCAGCAUCUGAACUUGCCGGCCACGUACAGUCGCUUCAGGCCGAAGCAAGUCCGCGCUCAAUGACUCCUCCAGCUGCAUUCCGCCCGCAAACUGAGGGAUGGCCUGAAACACACUUCUUGCCGCGAACAUCUGCGCCUCGCAACAGCGUGACAGAGCGGCAUCCUGCUACUGUCGACGACACCAUUUCUGGACCCGCUUCAGCGCCAAUAGAGACAUUAAGGCAUGCCGAUUUAGGGUCGCCUAGUACUGACGAAACAAAAGCUAAUUUAUCUGGAAGAAAUAGCCAUGGUGGGAGAGCUCGAAGCGCUUCCUAUUCCGAUAGAAGCCAUGUCAAUGUGAUGUCAUCUAUCUCCGCUGAGAACUAUACGUCGCCAGGAAGGAAACAUGGAGAGACGGGAUCUAAAGGACCCUCAUAUACGUCUCCCAGAGGCCAUUUUAAGGAUGAUAGUAUAGAAGAGGAGAAAGAGGAAUAUCCUAUUCAAUGCAGUAAAUGUUCACGGCGAUUCAUCAGGGGAGGAAGGGACAAGCUGAAGUGUCCAGGAUGCGGCUCCUCGCUCGACCCGGGAUAAAGAGAAGACCGCUGAAUACAUGAAUUAUUUAAUAUUCUCGUGAAAUAUCUGAUGCAGAUAAUUUUUCUAUUUGAAAUGUCUGUGUAAACAUCAUCUAAUUGAGUGCAUACGUGCCAUGCA